GUAACAACAACAAGAUUUUGUUUUGAUUUGAUCUGGCUUUAAAUUUUAAAUCCCAAGUUGCGGUAAGCCCGGUAAACUUGCCGGCGACUUUUUGCGAUAAAGGAAAGGAUUUAGAUACGUGAUGUCAACCGAAGCCAACGAUACAGAAGAUACAGAAGGCUGCUCUUCAACAAGUGAAUUGACAGCUUUGCAAAGAGAGAGGAUUCAGAUAAACCGGCAGAGAGCUCUGAAGUUGAGGGAACUGAGAAACAAGACCAAACCUUACACUAACACAAAAUGGAAUGAUUUCGGGGGCUCAGACAAAACAGCAUUUUUUGACAAGGAUAAAAAUGUAGUGCGAAUCAGUGGCAGCAAGCUCGUCGACUCUGGAGGCGGCUUUUUCAUCCAAGAAAAAGACGGUGAGCCCGAAGUCGAGAUGAAGAUAGUUGAGCAGCCUCAACCAAUUGUGGACGAUUCAGAAUUGCCGCAAUGUUUGGAGUGCAAAGAGGACUUCCACGACUCAUUCCUUCUGAACACCUUCGAUUACUCCGUGUGCGACAAGUGCAAGAAGCAGGACGAGGAUCACGCCCUGAUCACAAAAACAGACGCGAAAAACACGUACCUGCUGAAAGACUGUGACCUGGACAAGAGGGAGCCGCCGCUGAAAUUCCUGCUGCGCAAGAAUCCGCACGACUCUCGCUGGGGCUAUAUGAAACUCUACCUUCAACUGCAAGUGGAGGACAGGGCGCUGCAAGUGUGGGGAUCCCUGGAGGAAAUCGAGGAGGAGAGAGAGCGGCGAGACGAGAAAAGGGAAAAGAGCAAAGCCAAGAAAUACGGCAAGCACAUGAAAAGUUUGAGGAUGCAGGUCAGGAGCAGUUUGUAUGACAGGACGAAAGCAAAUCAUGAGCAUGAGUUUGGUCCAGAAACCGACCUUGGCGAUGAUAAUUACUCUCACACCUGCACCACCUGUGGCUACGAGGAAACUUUUGAAAGGAUGUAAUCUAAAAAAUUUGAAUUUUUGUAAAAAGAAAGAUAAGAUUAUUUGUGGCUUUAUUGCUAUUUUAUUUUGUCCUGGACAGGGUCUUACAAUUAGCUAACUUGUUUGCCUUAAAGACUGUCUUUGAUGAAGUUUCUGAGCAUGUCGAAUUAUAUUUAAAGUGGAAAUUUUUUCUGACCAAAAAGUCGAGCGCGACGUGCCCAGCACAAGUAUAACUUUUUACCGCCAAAAAAUAUGAACCUAUACCGAGUAGAUGUCAGAGCUUGCUGGAUCUGACAAAGAAGUCAUUUGUACAGGCGGUCUCUGCAAGUGCUCAAACCAGCUUUGACGCAUGCGCAGUUCACGCAUGUAUAGGUUCAUAUUGAUAUGGCGGCAAAGAGUUCUACUUGUGCUACGCACGUCGCUACCUAAAGCCUCUAAGAAUCGAUUGGAGUGCUCAGAAACUUCAUCAAAGACGAUCUUUAAGUGUCACCCUUUCUCACAUGCUUUUAAUAUUCCAAUGGUUAGAAGCGAGUAUUAAUUUCCAGUUUUAAUAUGGUUUCAUGGGAUUCUUUUUCUAAAUAUAUCUUUGAUAUUAAUUUUUCCUGUCAGUUUCAACUUCUAACAAGCUCGGGAAAACGUAUAGAACAAAGAAACCCCCAAUUUUUAUUGAUUUUCAAACAGUAACUGAAUUGAUUUUUGAGCUCUUGUUAAUAUCCAUGCAAAAUAAUAGCAAUAGCCCUGGUUAUACGAUGU